AUGAACAGAGGUAGUAUUUAUUUUGAUUUACUCUGUUGCACGAACAUGUUGAUUCUGAGCAGAAAAUCGAGCCGUUGCCACUCUCACUUACUUUUCUCCCGUCAGACGGCGGAGCCGAGCAUGUCCCGCGCCUUUCCUCGCCGGCGCCGGCGGCUUCUCCCCCGUCCCCCGCUCCACACCGUCUUUUCCCGCCUCCAUGGCGCCCUGGCGAACCGUGCCGACCAGUAUCCACGAGCCCCCGCCCGCCGCGACCUCCGCACUGCCGAUGACCAGGCCCGCGCGGCGCUCGACGAAAGGCCGCGCCGGGACGCCGUCGCCUACGCCGCCACGGUCGACCUCCACCCGAGGUCCGGCGACCUCCCGCGCGCGGAGGCGCUCUUCCGCGCGGCGCCCGCGUCCGCCCGCGGCCCCCAUCCGGACACCGUCACGCUCGACGGGCACCUCAAGGCCGGCCGCGUCGACCGCGCCCGCAGGCUGUUUGACGGAAUGGCGGUCAAGAGCGUGGCGGCGUGGACCUCCAUGGUAUCCGGGUACUGCCGCGCCGGGCGUGUCGACGAGGCGCGCAAGCUGUUCGACGCGAUGCCGGCCCGCAACGUCGUCUCCUGGACGGCGAUGGCGCAGGGGUACGUGGGCAGCGGCAUGCUGAGGGAGGCGAGGGAGCUGUUCGACCAGAUGCCGGAGAGGAACGUGGUCACCUGGACGGUCAUGGUGAAGGCCUACGCCGACCAUAGCGACUUCCAGGAGGCCAUGGAGCUGUUCGACAGGAUGCCCCAGAGGAACCCGUAUUCUUGGAGCGCCAUGAUCUCCGGUUUCCUCCGUGCUGGGAAAGUGGACGAGGCGGUCCGGCUGUUCGAGAGGAUGCCGGGUAGGAAUGUGGUUUCUUGGACCACGAUGGUCACUGGCUUAGCGCAGAACGGUCGCGUUUCGAUGGCGAGAGAGUUCUUCGACAGAAUGCCGAGAAACAAGGACAUUGCGGCAUGGAAUGCGAUGGUCACUGCUUAUGCCAACGACGGCCAGAUGAAUGAGGCUCAGAGUUUGUUUGAUUCAAUGCCCGCAAAGAACCUGGUGAGCUGGAAUGCCCUGAUCCAUGGCUAUGCCAAGGACGAGCGUAAGGACGAAAUCAUUGGUUUAUUUCUUCUCAUGCUCCGGUCAGCAGUAUCUCCUGACAUCACCACAUUGAUCAGUGUCUUGGUUACAUCCAAUAGCACAAUUGAAGUUGGGCAAAUCCAUGGCUUCGUUACCACACGAGGUCUCCUGUCAGACACCUCCUUAGGAAACGCUCUGCUCACCAUGUACUCAAGGAGCGGCGACCUGCGCUCUGCCUGGCAAGCUUUCAAGAUGUUACAAGAGAAGGAUGCCAUCACAUGGACAUCGAUGAUGCAAGCCUUCGCCAACCAUGGCUGUGCCUCCUACGCGCUGCAGGCCUUUGCUCAGAUGCUGCGAAAUGGAUACAAGCCCAGCUCGACCACCUUCACGGCAGUGCUGUCAGCCUGCAGCCAUGCCGGUCUUGUCGACAAAGGCCGGGCAAUCUUCGCAUCAAUUUCCUGCUACGGGCUCGAAGCGACAAUCGAGCACCACACCUGCCUCGUUGACAUCCUCGGCCGUGCAGGGCAUGUGAGGGAAGCAAUGAAGAUCGUUGCCACCAUGCCAUUGGAUAUGCACGACGACGCUGUCCUGAGGACGCUGCUGGGGGCCUGCAUGAUGCAUAAUGAGGUGGAUGCAGCAAGGGAAGUGGGGGAGGCUCUUGCCAAGUCUGACGGCCCCUCUGGUUCAGAUUCAGAUGGCUACUACAAGGUUCUGGCCAAUGUGUUUGGGUCAGGUAGGAGGUGGGAGGAGAUGGCAGGUGUGUGGAAGGCUAUGAAGGGGAGCAACGUGAGGAGGACGCCCGGGGUUAGCCAGAUCGUGGUGGAUGCGAGGACCCACAUGUUCUUCUCCAGGGAUCAGGGGCAUCCACAGUGUGCAGAGAUAUAUGAGAUGCUGGACGACACGCUUGUCCCCCAGAUGAUGAAGAAGGAUCGACUGACUGAAACAGUGUGA